AUGCCAAAAAAUAAAGGUAAAGGAGGAAAAAAUAGGAGAAGAGGGAAAAAUGAUAAUGAGGGAGAAAAAAGGGAAUUAUUAUAUAAAGAAGAAGGCCAAGAAUAUGCUCAAGUUUUAAGAAUGUUAGGAAAUGGAAGAUUAGAAGCCCAUUGUUUUGAUGGGGUAAAAAGAUUAUGCCACAUUAGAAAAAGAGUAUGGAUAAAUUCAGGAGAUAUUAUUUUGGUAUCCUUGAGAGAUUAUCAAGAUAGCAAAGCUGAUGUUAUAGCAAAGUAUACUCCAGAUGAAGCAAGAAGUUUGAAAACUCAUGGAGAAUUACCAGAAACGGCCAAAAUAAAUGAAACAGACAUUUUUGACGACGAUGCACAAAAUGGAGUAGAAUUUUUAGAUGAUGAAUCUGAUGAAGAAGCUCAAGAAGAUGUUAAUAAUUCUAAAAAAUUAGAUAUAGAAGAUAUAUAA